AGAUUUCGUGAGCUUAAUGGAACUCUGAAUAAUUGAACAUUUUUCUUAAACAAGUUUUCAGCCCUGAGAAGAUAUGACUUUCGAGUAUUUUUUGGCGAUAAUUGCCGGAUUUGCUCUAGUGUUCAACGAAGGAAGAGGACAAGCCUUUAAUAACUUCGAACAUGUCAACUCGGAAAAUUUACGUUUUGGGAUCAUAGACCAUGACAAUAAGCUUUCGGACCACCCUGGAGAAGUGAAAAAUACAAACAUAGUACAAUUUUUAGAGGCAUUCUCGAAUCCUGAACAUAUAGUUUUCCGUGGAUCCAACGCUGGAUUUGAACCUUCGUUUCGGGGUGCAUUUGGAAGCAACACGUACGACGAAAAUUUGAAUAGAAACGACGAAGAAGCAUUAACAGAUGACGAUUAUUUCAUUAGGUCUGAAGGUGAGCCUUCUAGACCCAAUUUUGUUUACCCAAAUACAGACCAAGCUUAUGGAAACGCAGAUUUUGAACUUUCAAGUUACGACGAGGGGUCCAUGCUUGAUGAUCCAGUUUUUUCAGAGCUUCACCUUUAUGAUGACGUCCAGCCUAGGGAGAUCUUGUAUGCGAGCGAGCUCUCCACUUCUAAAAAUGGUAUGGAUCAGCGCGAAAAGAAAGUUACGCCCUCCAAUCUGGACCCGACGACGGAUAAUGUACCUGUUCUUUGCCGCCCUGCCAUUGAGGUCCGUGAGCCUCUUUCACUUGCACCAAGCAAUGUUUUUUGUACGAAGAACGGUAACCCAAAAACACAGAUCACGCGUACGAUUGGAAAUUUUAAUUCAUUUGAUACAAAUUUUGCAACGCGCAUUCCGGUAGUAAGUGUACUGAAUGAAAUGGAAAACUUUCCAUCUGAAAAUGGGCCAUUGCCAACAACCGUCUCGCAACUCGGAAAAAGCACGGUUCUGAAAGAAUUUGUAUUCCCCGAGUCGGUUGAAAAGAUAGUGGAAGUCUCCCGGUUAGUUACUACUAAGAAGUCUGAAGGAGAAUUUCUAUUGGUACCCACUCCAGGAGAUUUCAAGUUGGUAAAUGCCAACUUUCAUGCCAAUGCUGGAGAGACUGUUCAUCUUGAUACCGAACCCAAUAGAUCGAGUACAAGUGAAAUAAAACGAGGUAGAAAAGCUCCAGCUUUCAACCAAGAAGAAGACAUUUUCAAACCACCUCUACAAGAGGAUUACUCCGUUUCAUUAGAUGAAGAUGAAAUUAAAACUUGUAGUAAAGGGUUGGAACCUUCUAAUGAGAGAUAUUCUGAACUUGGUGGAGUAAAUGAUUUGGCGAAACUUGACUGUGAUAAUUCAAAAAUUACUGAAAUGCCAUUGCCGCUGAUGCUGCAUAAAGUCGAUUUCGUCUUCAAUACUUUGGAAGCCAUUUUACGAAACAUUUUUGGAAGAAGACGUUUGGAUUUGGAUAAACAAAGUGAAUUUGACAUAGCGAAGAAGUGUUGGCUGGAGCUUCUAGAAGAGAAGUUGUUGAAGAAGAGGACUAAGCAUCGUCCAGAUAUCAUGGAUACCGUCGGUAACUUCCUGUCGGUGUCGAGGUUGAACAGGUGCUACGCCAGCGUUGUGGGUCUGCUUAGGUCGCAACCUCAUGCCAAUAAAUAUGCCGAUUACAUGAAAUUUCUAGACUCUGCAUCAUCAUUUAUUUCUUUCACCAAUAAAGUUGAAAACGUCCUCGCUAAAGCGGUCAUUAACGAACAAAAAAUUUACAAAUUUGAACCUCACCAAAUGAACGGAGUUCGUCGUGUCAAGUCUGGGUUGACAUCAUCCAACGCUUGGCAAGCCAAGCAUAUGCUACCCGUGGCCUUGGUUGCUCUAAAAUCUGGAGAUUUGGCCUCAGCGUUUCUCUGGCUCUCAUACAUCGACCAAGUUUACCCACUGCAACAAGAUGACAAGUACAAGAACCUUCUGGAGCACAUUAUUCAUCAGCAUGAUCACGCACUGCUGCACGGAGACGUUCAGAACACCUUCACUGUCCCUCUGAUGUCGCAGCGGCUGCAAGUCAGACAGCACCUCAGAGACAGUCAUUACAAUGCGCUAUGUCGAGGACAUGGUAAUCAGGCUGCAGAAGAAAAUAAUUUCAGGGUUUGUCGAUAUUUGUCGGUGCGGCCACAUUUCUUGCUGGCGCCACUGAAGAUGGAAAUUCUAAACGCCAACCCUCGCAUCGUUCUCUACCACGACAUCGCUACUGCCGGCGACUUCCUGAGCGGCACCGAAUCUGCUGUCAAGGUUCGUUCCCGUUACGCUGGGAAGCUCGUCAACCAGAAGAUGUGCAAUGCCAGUAAUUGCAUUUUGUCGGGGUACAUACGUGAUCAGAUGCCAAGGAUAAGCCUCGCUGUGGCAUCUCGACUCGCUGCAAUUUCCAACGGAAGACUGAAAAUCAACGACUUUGAGUUCGAGUUGAUAUCUCCAGGUUUCAACAGAACUCUUCCAUCCAUCGCUAACGGAACGAUAUUGCAGUGCCAAAACUCGACUACUUAUGGAAAAAAUGGAGACGACGUAUCUUUUUGGACGAUCUUUGUGAGUACGUCCAAGUUUGAGCGACCUUCGACACAACUGCUUAUUGAACCUACUUCAUUAGACAGUGGAGCUGGUGACCAUCUGCCUCCAAAGGAUGCAGUGAAAACGGAGACUUCGACGGCCAACAGCAGGUUGGGAUCAAGUAUAGUGGAUGUGAAUAAAUUCUACAUGCUGGCAAGUGACACUGAACGAUCUACCACAACGCAGAUCAAAAAUAAUGAUUUAGGAGGUUCUAUAACUACGCGAUUAGUGUUAGAUUCAGUAUCCGGCCACAUCAACACCCCCGCGAAAGUUUCACUGUUGAACCCAACACCCGUUUUCUUACACGGAAGAGCGGUCGAGUCUCAUUUCCAAACGACUCCCAUUCCCCCGUCUUUGGGUUCAACCAGUGUGCCAUCAACAUCAACUCAGCGCACGGGUUCAAAGUCUAAAGAUAAUUUCAUGCCGUUAAGCCCUGUUACAGAGAGGAACAAAUUCUCUACUGUAACCGUGCUUGAAUCUCGAAACGUCAGCAACGAAAAUGAAAGCUCAUCUAAUCUUUUGGAUGAGGGGACAAUGAGCGUAAGUAAUCAAAAUCGUAGCAUUCCGGACUCGUUUCGAGAGCAAACCUUAAGUCGUAUGGGUGAAAAGACUGUGAGCGCAAAUAAUCAUAAGCAGAGCACUCUGGACUCGUUCCGAGAGCAAUCCUCAAGUCGCAUGAAUGAAGAAACUGCGAGCGAAGAUAAUCACAAACAGCGCAUUCUGGACCGAUUUCCCGUUUACGACCAUAACGGCAAUGAUGGUACGACUGCAAAAGGAGAAAACUCCGUUGAACAAGACGUCAAAGAAAGUACGGAUUACACGCAAGUUUUGAAGGGCAAUUACGAUAUAAAAGUAUCAUUCGAUGCUUUUGAUUCUGCAACAUCUAUAAAUGACUUAUAUUUUAGGAUUUCUGUUAGGGAUGGCGGUAAUAUAAUGGUGUCUGUUGCUGAAGACUUGUGUGAAGAGAUGAGCGCUCGGGAUGACGAUCAUGAUGAACAGAAGCAUCAGGCUACUGCUAACAUUGCCACCAAGACCUGUUAUGAGGAUGUCAAAAGAAGCAACAGAUUUCACGACGGCUACAUGAAUGGGCACCUAUUGCAAAAGGAAGCGGGCUUCAAUAUAAAAAGAAAGUUGAUGAUGGCCCAAAUCAUUUCCGAAGUGGGAUCCAAUAUGAAAAAGGAGAUGGUGAUGGCCCUAAUGACGUCGGAAACGGGCUCCAAUUUAAAAAGGUAG